AUGUCUUUCAAGGAGAGGGAUUUGCUUUAUCGUCUAAUCAUAAGGUGUCUUGUUUUUAACGUUGUUGAGUUUUGCAGCCAACUGUUUUAUGAUGGCUAUCAAACCUUGGCAAUGAAUUUGAUGAACCUCGUUAGCCCCUCAAAUGCGUGUGGUCCGUCUAAUCGUCUUCUCAAGUUGGUUAAGGCGGGUCUUGCGGUGUCUGACGGUUAGUUUUUGACUUUUUAAAACUGCCUAAAAUUUGUUCGUCGGCCAUUUUUGCGAUUGUGAUCUUUGUUUGUAUCCGCCAAUAUUUAUGUCUUGACCCUUUUUUUUACUUUCGUCUACGUUCUUGUCCCUUUUAACCCACUCCUCUUCUCGUUUAAUUUAUCUUGUUAUAAUCAGUAACAGUAUCGUCAUUUUGUCAUGAGACAAUGGCCUUUGCUAUGGGCCGUCCCUUUAACCCCAUAUGACCAUAUUUAUCGUAUUCGGAUCACUAUCACUUCCUCUAAGUGUUUUUUCCUAGCCUGAACUCUUACAUUUUCUUUAAGUGUGGUUCUAUGAGUGUAAGCGUGCGAGAUGCUUGACUGUCUCUGCUUAGGUUAACUUCCGGUACUACCGAAACACUAAGUAUUUGAAGUUGAAACAGUCAUAAACAGCAAAAUUGAGUGGUGGUAACAGACUUCUCGACGGCAUUUUAACUGCAAACUGUCGCUGCAUAACACAAGUAACGGAUAAGAAAGGUUAGAUGAUUUUGAUUGCUACAGGAAAACCAAUACAAAGCAGCAAGGUCGUCGUUUAUUACACACGAAAUAGUCAGUAAAUAUUGUUUUCUUACGAACGCGAUUUUGGAAAGAAAAAUUGGAAAUUUGGCACUCGGGACAAUGUAAAUCGGAGGAAUGAGAUUUACUUAUGCAAGUCGAGGUUAUAGCGAGCAAAUAUCAUGACCGGUCUGGCGUCAUUGUUCAAGAUCUCGCCGCCUCAAGUUCAUUGAAUCUUUGCAAUGACUGUUCCAGAUGCGCUGACCUGAAGUCACAAGACCGACAGCUUAAGCAUACCUGAGUCCGCACAGCCGCAGCUGACCAUGAGGCAACUCGAACGCACCGUUCCCCUGCAACCACAACCUAAGCCACUGGGCCAUCACCCCUCGGCAAAUCUAAUACACUCUGCCCGAACACCACUUGAGCUUGACCCGCGAGUCUACAAAAGUAGCUGCCACCACUGUCCCAGGGACUCUCAGACAUGAUUGGACGCAGUCAACACCAGCCCUAGCUUCGCCAGUGGCCACGUCCACCCGAGCGGACAACUCCGGGUUUGUAUACACAAAAACCCUCAUUCUGGUACAGUCUGACUUCUCCUUCCCACACGUUAUUUGACAUGCUAAUUGUAGCUCACAGACUACACACAUUCUCACUGCUGUGCAGCUACAAGGUUGACCACGAGGUCUAUCUAUUUGUAUUGGUCAGAUUGCACUGUCGUCCUCAACUUGCCCUAAUAAAUUUCAGUCCUUUAAUCUGCAAACGCCAUCUGCGCGUUAUCUUCCCGAUUUUCCUUUCGAAAAUUGAGUUUUUGAGUAACCAGUUUCAUUGAUUAGUGUGUGUGCAGUAAACGAUGACCUUGCUGUUUUGCAUUGAUUUUUCUGAAGAAAUCCAAAUCGCUGUAUCUUUCACUUUCGUUAUUUGUGUUAUACAGCGACAUGUUGCGGUUGAUAAGCCGCCGCGAAGUCUGUUACUACCAAUAUAUUCUGCUGUGUAUGCCGGUUUCAAAUUCAUACCGGCCAAGUAUUGCUCUAAGUAUUUGAAGAUCAAAUUCUUGCUGAUGAAACUGUAGUACUUGCCUUCGGCCGAUAGACUGGGUUCGUACAUCGUCAUUUCAUGAGCAAGACUUCUCAGCAGAAGAGCGACCGCUACACGACUGCACAUGCAUUGUCUUCGUUGUCCUCUGCGAGGACGUUUACAGCGUAGUAACGAUUUACCAUAAUAGAAGUGAAUGGACUUUUUUCCAGUGAUCCUUGAAGAGGUGUGCAGAGCGAAAAUGGGGUGCACGCGUACGUAGUCCCAUAUCCUCAGCCCUCCUGAGGUGCUGUUUCCACCUUUUUUCGAUGUCGGAUAUUUUGCAGGCGGUGAACUUUAGAUGCUCCCUUUGCGUGUGUGUCCUGCUAGAUAUUUGGCGACUGGAUCCAAAAAGUAUUCGGAAUGUGAAUGGAGCACUUUGUAUGUCCUCCUCCAACCCUUUAGGCAGCAGUCCUAGACACGGAAUUAAGCUGAAAGAGUUGAAGGCAGUUCACAUAUCCCAGCAGUUUUUACCAUAAUUGGUACUUUGUACCUUUGCGUAGAGGAUAAAGGGCGUCAGUAGCCCUUCGCUGACUUCUGUCUUUGUGCUGAAUCACCUCUGAUAAUUAUUUCUUGUCGCCAUUUUCACCGGCGAUUUCACUAUGCGCUUUUUAUUUUCAGACGAACAGGACCGACCUGCAUUUCUUGAAGGUGAUAGUAUUGCCCCAGGAACUGGUAUUGACCUGGAAAUAGAAAGCGAAAGUAAGUUCAAUACUAUAAAUGGGCAUAAAUGAGGCCGAGCGCAUUGGCGUACUUUGUCUUUUUGUGAAGUUAAACUAUUCGUUUUUUGUACUUGAGUUAGUUCUGGGGAAGUCUUCUUGGGAUAAUUUAUAGAGCAGGCGGCAAAUUCACACCAAGUUACAACUUGCAUGCAUUUGUCAGUCUUCUUAAUCAUCCUGUUUCCUCCUCCAGUUCGACGCCAAAAUUAGCCUGCGUAUCGUGGGCUGUCUUGGUACACUUUUUCCGUUAUACGUCGUUUAUCGGAAUUUCAAUUUUUUGUUCUCACAGGCCCGACAAUGGCCCCAGAGGCAGCGCUAUACGAAACCUGCUACGUCACAGCACACAAGGCUGCUUGCCGUGCUGCAGCUUUUAACAGCACAGGUAGUCGUUUCCCCUGUAUUGCCGUUUUUUCGAAGACGCUUCAUUAUUCAUUUAUGUUAUCCUUGCCACAAAAAGUUCCGCCUCACAUCGCAUGCAUUUCCUGCAGCCACCGACAACUAUAAUUGGUUGUUCUAUCCUCACACGUUUAGUGGAUUGUACUACUUUUUAUAAAAGGCUAUGUUAUCAAGGUGGAUGGGUAGGUUGGCUCCCUAGCCAACUCGGUCCCGAAAUGUGGGUUGAUGGUGAGGACAUGUUGAAAUCACAUGGUCAGUGAUGGCCGGUAUUAUUGCUGCUGUUCGGUUCUGUGCACUAAAAAGAAUUUUAUGGUAUAAGCACGUUGAGAUGGGUACGCAAUUAGUAGAUUUACAUGUGGCACCAGUCUUCUUGAUAUUAUUUCGAUCUGCGCGAUGUAAUCAGCCAAAGUUAUCACUAUGUGUGUUGGGAAUUUUCAGCAGAGGUGGAUCCUAGUUGUUUUAGGUUCUAGCACCGAACCGUAAGGCAUAGCUGCAUUCACGUUUAAUCCUUACGGUUUUUGAAACGAGGGAUUGUGAGGAGGUGGUAGGUCACCAGUUUACGAAAUCCGUUGUUAUUACGUUUGCCAACUUCGUGUAGACGGGUCGCACCUCUUAUGUUCUAACUGUAAGGCUUUGCUGGUGACGUCAGUUGGGAUCUGAGCCGCUCCCUUUUUCUUGCGUAAAAUCCUUACCAGUGUGCAUUGUGGACCAGGCGUGUAAUUGUACAUUUAAGUGCGUGUUUUCGUCGUGCCAGUCACCUGCGGCCUCUCCCGCCUCCAGUCUUCUUGACUGUCAUUACGCCCGGCCUGGAUGGAGGAGGAGGGAGUGGGGUAGAUUCUGCGCAAGUCACCGUCUCUGUGUUCACCCUGCUGUGGAGCACACGGGGGCAUCUUAGAAAACGUCGGUCGUGUACUUGCGUUUGCUUGUUGUGACCUUUUUUCUGGAAUGUCUAUCAGCGUUAUCAGUUGAGAGCUCUACUUCGUCCCUUUCACUGGGCCGCAGCUUCUAGACAAGGUUUACUCGACCGCCCUUGCGUUAUCCUAUAUGGGCAAAACUAUGUCAAGAAUACCGGCGAUUAGAUCGGGUCCAAUGACCGACUUGACAAUGUGCUCCUCGCUGUGCAUUUCAUAGCUUCUUCGGGUUCCUGUUUGCGAAGAAAUCAGACCUCACGAAGAAGAUGACGAUAGUCCUAUCGUUUCAAGUGACCACGUUCGCUGCGUCUCCGACGCCGUGUGCGCAACAGUGGUGACUUGCUCAUGAAUUGAUUUAUGUUGAGAUAGAAUUGCGCAGCAUCCACCACACUCUCUUCCAUCACCCACCUUACUCCGAUGGCAAAACAAUGCCAAGACGAUCGGAGGCGGGUGCGGGUCCGGUGACCAUCUUUGCGCGUCACGCCCAACCCCGUCCCUACUGUGCAGAACUACUGAAAAAGCGGCAGGGAUCUCGCACGGGUGAGAAUUCCGCAAUGACCUCAUUAAGAAGGAAUCAUUGUAGCCUGACUCAGUCCCAGUAAUGGCUGAGUUAUCUCCUUAGUUCGCAGUCUUCCGAGUCAAGGGCCUUUAUAUAUUGGGUUGUAACCACUUCAUGGCGGGGCUGUGAAAUUUACUCUUUCCUUUCGAGCUGUCGGGCGUAAUUAAAAUUCGUUGUUGCAGUUGUUCGCAAAUUUCGGUUUAGCUGUUGUGAGAUACAAUCAACGGUUGUCCUUUUUGACUGCAGUUAGCCGGUUAAACCGCGGUAGACUUAUUUUUGCUAUUACUACACCUACUCUUGGCUGAUAAACGAUAUUUUGGUAAAUUUAAAUAAUUCGUCAGACCCAGUUGUCAAAAACCCAACAGCCUCGGUGAGAUUCGGACCCACAAUCGCAAGGGCAAGGCUUGGGUACACCCAACGCUCUAACAGUCUGUAGGUUCACCACUGAUCUCCAUAUUUUGACUGACUAAGGAUUACUUAUAUGCUUCUUCCCCUCUCCGGUAGGACGUGGGAAUAGGAGCGCUCGUAAUUUAGGUGGCUUUGUGUUCAAUUCCAGGGCAAUUAAGGUUAAGGUCGGGAUUGUGUUUAAGGUUCGGCUUAGUGUUAGGGUUAUGACAUUAGAAGAGGUGACCUUCCUGGAGUUUGGCGCAAGUCCGCUUGUAUUACGGAGGCGGGCGUUCCUAUCCUCGUUUCCUGCUUGGCGACCAUAUAAGUUGUCCUCACCUUUGACUGAGCAUUUUGAGCCAGGUUUUGAACUGGUCACCUCUUCGGUGCGUCCAUUUGGAUGGUGAAGGUGGACUUAGGGCAAUAGUGCCAAGCUCAUGGCGACGGCUGUGAAUAAGCUGUCUAAGCUGCCUCAAAAAUGCUGACCGGACGCAAAAGUUAGGAACCACCCGCAACCAGUCAACCACAGAAGAGACGAUAAUUUACGUAAUAGACACGAGGGUUUUCUUCUAUGUGGAAGUAAUCCUUCCCGCUUAUAAAAAAUAAUAAUUUCAUGGGGUUAACUCCUGCCAUCUUAUCGACUUAAGUUUUAUAUUUCAAGUUGCCGAACUAUUUCUUUGGACGCAUAGAGUCCGUCAUCAAUAUGUGGGUGUUAAUUUACUGUUUGGAGUCGUUUACGUUAUCAUGCCUCGGUCUGUUGUAGCCCGCGGCCAGUUUAUGUGUUUCGGAAAGAUAGCCCAGUCACCAGAAUCGACUAUUGCAAUGUGUUUAGCACCAUCUGUACGUUAGAAAAUUCACUCGUUUAUGGCCAGUAAUGCUUUUCGAAAGUUGUUUUUCUCUCGAGGACGGAUUUUCGUUUAUAAGUUAGGAUCUACCAACCAUCGUUUUAUUACCUUGCUUCAGCCCUCGUCUUUCCCUUCUAGGUCAGUUGGUGGCUACAGGUUCACACGACUCUUCGAUCAAGGUGAUCUUAUCUUAGCUUGAGCGCGUCCUUUAAUGUUUCCUUCGAAAUGCUCCUACAUUCUUCAGCUGAGUCUGUCAUGGGAAACCUUGGCUCCUUUUAUCACAUUCGACUAUCUUUGCUAUGUUAUACCCAUUUAAUUUCUUUUACCUUUUCAUGAUCAGUAGUCAGUUUCUUCUAACACUUGUCUACGGUUCGCCCGAGAGUCUUCUUUUCAGUAACUAGGCAUCCAUGCAUCCUCUAGCUUUAGUCUGUCAAAUUUUCAGAUUUACCUUACGUUCCUGUCACACCAGGUCAUUUUUUCGGUGACAAGGUCAUCAUGAUUUGUUAAUACAUGUCAAUAUUAUUCAGACAGACAAUGUCCGUAGGGCGAUAAGCCGACCUUUUCAUGGCUAAAGACUUAUAUCUCUUGUUUCUACUCUUCCAGAUCCUUGACGUUGAACGGAUGCUUGCUAAAAGUGUUACGGGGGCAGAUCAUGCCAAUCAGGAGACCCCGCAGCAACAGAUGGAAACUCAUCCAGUAAUUCGCACCUUGUAUGAUCAUACUGCGGUACGGUUUCUGUUUGAUUUCCUUUUUUAUUUGUGCACACGGUAAACCCCUAACGCACGUCAUAUCCUUUUCUGUUCUAUACAUUUUUCCCUCCAAUUUAGGAAGUCACCUGCGUGGACUUUCAUCCCGACCCCUCUCUCCAAAUCCUCGUCAGCGGAAGUAAGGACUACACCAUAAAGUUUUUCGAUUUUUCCAACCCCUCCGUUAAGAAGGCACAAAGAAGUAUUCCCGUGAGUCGAUCUAGUUACCUCUUGUCAUCUGCUGCAGUCACCUCUGUCCUCUUAUACUUUGUUACACUGUCUCCGCUUUUAGGAAGCCUCACCAAUCAAAACGUUGCAUUUUCAUCCGUCUGGCAACUACCUUCUCGUGGGCACACAACAUAAGACCUGUGAGUUACGUAGAUUGUCCAUUUCUUCACAUUUCUGUAGAGGUUAUGACUGUUGCCUACCGUUUCUGAUUAACCGACUUUCUUCCAUAAUUGUCCAUGCUAAACCUCCAAUAUCAAAGUAAAUCUGCUAAGUACACGUUUUAUCGUCUUCCGACGGUCACUCUAAUCAACACAAAGUCACUUACACCCCUGUAUCCCAGUGGGAAAGCAACUUAUUGAUGUGGCGUCCGGUGUCGAAGUCAUCGCAUCGACCCUCCUUACGCAGGCCGCUUUAGAGAAAGGCGCAUCCGGCCCCAACUUUGACCACUUGUCCUCCUUCGCGGCAGUGAGCCUCGUUACGAGUGAAGAUGUUCAUUUUGUAUUUCGAACGUUCCUGGACGACCAAAACUCCCUAAAUUUUUCCGCUAGUAGACACUAGGUUGCCUGCGAGAGGAAGGGCAUUUGAAAUUUUCAGAGUUGGACGGGCAUUGUCAUUAUUGGUCUUGGUGUUGGUGCCAGUGAUGUUUUUACUAAGUUCUUAACCUUCGAAAGCUACAGCUACUGGUUUAUACUGUAAGUCAGCGUUCAUGGAGACGUUUUUCUAUAUCUUUCGGGCAACAGUGCAAUCGGUGCUUCGUGGGAAUCACUUAUUUGCCUCCCCCUAUCCCCCAGCGGCAGGGCACUGCAAUGGAAACGCCCCACACAGUAUAGGUGGCCUUGCGCCAAACUCCGGGAUAGUCGCCUAUCUCCGUAUCCCAGCCUUAACAGUAACCCUAAUCCAAACUCGCGGCGUAGUCCCACUCGUAGCCUAAGGAAGCACCGAAUACACGUGGUUCACAAACAUGCGACUGCACUUCGCAGCCAUCUUGUACACUCUAAGGAUAGGGUUAGCUACUUAGAAAACAAACUUUGUAAAGUACCGUGCGACACCUGCAAUGCAGUUUACUGUGGUCAAACGGGAAGAUCUGCCGCUACACGCAUACAAGUAAAAAGACGAGUCCACUUGUCCCAAGUUGCUUGCAUACGCUGAAAAUUGGACCUAAAUUUGCCUGGAAGAAGGCUCGCAUCAUUAAUGUCUUUUCUUCAAAAAAUGCAGAGAAUUUUUAGAGGCCAUACGUUCCUAUAGCUCGUGUAUCAAUCGGUACAUCAAAUUAGAUACAAAAUCAAAGAAAACUGGACGAGGCGAUAGCCAGUCAAGACGUGAUACCAACCAUUGGUAAAGGCUGACUGGUAGGAGUGACAGGAUAAUAUCGUUGUUUAGGCAUGUUUAAAAUUUAACUGUGGCACGCAUUUACUCCACGUCUGAGGACCACCUGAGGAAUCAGAGUCGAAAAUUUACGAAACGAACUUUGCUGUCUUUACCAAAGGACCUAUUUCCUUCGAAAUAUGUAUAUAUUUGAAGGCUAAUAUGUUCUUUGGGAAAAGGAGAAAACUUUAUUUAGUAAAUUUUCGACGUUGGUUCCCCGUGUUGUCGUAAAACUCGAGUAAAUGUGCAAAAAAGCAAUUAACAUCUCAAACGUACCGAGAAAUAUAUAUAUCCACUGAGGAAUGGGCGCACACCGAUCCAACUGGUAUAGGGUGCUUAUCGAUCUCGCUACAGGGCCUACUCGUCUUGUUGUGUUUAGGGGCAGUCGGAUAGAGACCAGAAUAUAUCAAUAGUGGUGAAAAUGCGAUUCCCGGGUGGCAUAUCAAAAGAAGAGGAGGCGUUCACCGGGAGAGGUGUAUUUGAGGUCUGACGUUUCGGGUAGUCGUUUCUUCCCAUCUUCAGAGACUGAGCAGUCGUGCACACAGCUUUCCUUUUUAUGGCGCACUUUGUUCAUUGCCUGGCCCAUCAAUGCCGCCUGUGUGGCUGCAUCCGACCCGCAUGUCACCGUGACCUGAAUCCCGCCCAUCUUCGUCGGCCGCGGUGAUAAUUGGCGGCCCCGAUUGUCCCGCGCCGUGACUGUCCCCCGUCAAGAAUAUCCGCAAAACCAGAUAAGGGGGAGGUAAAUUGAUGUGGCGGUUGACAGAACAGUCGGUAGACAUCCAGGCUUCUUGCAGCUGCCCUGCCGUAUGAUCUGAAGAUGGGUAGAAGAAACGACUACCCGAAACGUCAGACCUCAAAUACACCUCCCGGUGAACGCCUCCUCUUCUUUUGACCAGGAUAUAUUUUUAGGAAGGAGUACUGACGAAGACGAUGGAGACUAGGAUGGCCAUUUCGGGCUUCUUUGCCGUCCUCAGUCAGUCUUACCAAACCCCACUUCUGGAUGAUCAGUUUAGUCCGCAAGCUAUGAUGCCCAUCUUUGCUGAGUCUUUAUCUUUUUUUUACAUCCUAAGGUUAAUUUUGCAAUCAUGGCUCAUUGUAUUUAUGCGGAGCUCGCAAUAAGCCACACGACUAUCGAUUCUCCGGUCUAAACUGGCCGUGGUUAUCCUUUAAAUGCCUUGUUGGCGAGUGCGACCAUGCAACCCAGGAAUGCGCUAUGUCCGACUCAUCCGCUAUUGCUCUUUAAAAUCAAACUGGAGCUCGAACGUACACUUGCAAGGCAUAUAAACAGAAGUGUAGACGAAAGUUUCCGACAAAUUGACGACAUUCGGCGGCUGCAUCCCUUUCUGGAAAUUGGCAGUGAGUCUUUGUCUGCGAGUAUCCCGUCUGUUGAAGUUGACUAACCGGAAGUUGAUGCAUCGUUUGAAUAUCCAGAUACAUUGGCACCUCCCACACAAGAGGAAAUCGGUCUCUUCCACUCCUCCUUCUCCAUAUGACCCCUGCCGAUCUAACACAUGUAGGAUCCGAGCAGUCUUGCCCUGUCAGCCACUCCGCUUUCUCGGCUUCAGUUAGUAGGUCGGUCCAGACUAUCGACUAGCGCACGGGGAGAGAGGGAAGACUGAGGUCGACCCUCAGCGCACAGUUCCCAAUAAAAACAAUCUGACGCUCCUGAAUAUACCACUGUACGCUAGAAGCCGUGACUUGUACCUUGAUCCUUUGUGCGUGAACCAGGGAGUGCGGUGACACGUCUAGGUGCGGGCUCACGCCGCGCCAGUCACCUUCGCCCGAUCCCGUCUUCUUUCUUCUCGACUCUUUUUGACACCAGGCUCAUAGGGGUAAGGGAGGAGGGAGUGUGGUAGACACAUCGCACCUCCACCAUCACCAUAAACUAAUUCAUGUGCAAGCCGCAGUCACCCCGCCCACCCUGAUAUGGGCCACACGAUGGACAUCAUGGAUAACGACAGCCGAACUGUCGGGCGUCCGAUCAAACUGUGAGCACUGGGGUGGAUGGAACUAUGUCAGGAUCUUGACUCGAAGAUGGCAGUCAUGUUUAGAAAUGAAUUUAAACUUGUUGGGUUAUGACUGGGAAAACAGCAGAUAUUGACAAUCCCGCCGUCGUAUGCAUCCAAAUCCACUGCAGUCCCCACAAGGUGAGCGCAGCAGUGACAUGCACUUGAGUGUUUAUUUUACCGAGACAGACUUGUGUUGCACCCACCCCUCUUUCUUUCUACACCCACUCAAUUCCAAUAGCAAGAUAAAGUCAAGACGACCGGAAACAGUAUGGACACGAUGGCUAACAAAGUUGGACGACACAUCUACGCACGCCACACAUGACGGGGAUCCGCGAAUCUAACAUGAACAGGAAUGUUGUGAAGUAAUUUGACAAACAGGUUUUGGGAAGGCAAGAAACAGCCACUCCGCACCGCACUAUUGCUUUCAGGACUAGGAUCUAAAACCUUUAUUUACCAACCCACUCAUUGGCCAAGGUCCGGAAGCGUUGUUUUUUAGCAGUUUCCGUAGCAUGAGUUGAUUGUAACGAUUUCAGGCUAAUUAGCUUGUUUAAGGCGGUAUUAUGUAUUCCUCUAUUCAGCUUUUGCAUAGAUCUCCAGUCCCUAAGGCUGCGGUAGCAGAAUAAGCUUAUUUAGUGACCGUCCGCUUCUCACUAUGCCUCAGUGCUGCCGCCGGGCUCCGCGGAAAUUUACAAAUCGGCCGGCGUGCAAUACCUGUACACUUAACGUUCUUGUAGCUUUGCCUCAAACGGUAUGCUCAUUCACAUUCGUUAAAUUCGGGUGCCGGUUCAUUUCUUAACUAACCGUUGCUUACGACUGUUUUCGGUACCGGCUGCCUAUGGGCGCGCUGAGUAGCCAGCCGCCUCAACUGCCAACCGGCCUCGUUUUUCCGGGAUCCAUUUCUUCUGGCUAACGCAUUCGAAUAUGUCUUUAGAUUUAAAAGAUGUGUUUUGUCGGUGCGUGUCCACUUUCAUAUCCUUUUUCGAAUCGCGCUAUGUAGAUGGCCUCUUUCGCACUGCCGAGUCUCUUUUUCCUUUGAUUGAACUUUUCCUCUUCUUACCGCCCCUAAGUACGCCUUUACAACGUGAAUACCUGCCAGUGCUACGUGUCUGCGGUACCCGAGGAUCAGCAUAAUGGAGCUGUCACGAUGGCGCGGUGGGCGCCAAACGCCAACUACUUUGUUACUUCCAGUGUAGAUGGCAGUUUCAAGCUCUGGGAUGGCGUCUCAGGUCGUUGUGUUUCUACCUUCGAGUCCGCCCAUGAUGGCGCUCCUGUCUGUUCUGCUGUGUUUUCGCGGAAUUCAAAGGUGAGCAGGAGAUACCAGCAGACCAAGAUUUCAUUCAAAAUUGAAUUUUUAAGUAAAACGGAAUAGCUACUAGAACAACUUCAGUAGCCACGUAUGGUUUGUAAUCUAUCGAUGGUCACUCAAUUAUUAGGAUCAUGGAGUGAUUGCAUGCAUUAACCCCCCACUUUUCCUAAAACGCAGGAUAGUUUGAACUUUAGCCGUUACUUCCUUAUCUGCGCUUUAGUUUUCCUUAGAUGCAAUGUUUGCUUAUUUGAGCAUUUAUUCUGUUCGCACACACACGCAAUCUAGUAUGUACUGACCUCCGGCAAGGACUCCAUCGUAAAGCUCUGGGAGCUGUCGACCAGCCGGUGUCUAAUUAGUUACACCGGCGCCGGUACUGUAGGCCUCCAGACCCACCGCUCAAUGGCCGCUUUCAAUCACACUGAAGAUUAUGGUAAGUUGGCCUCUCUUCUUAAUUCUCUGGUUUCUUAACUGGAUCUCGUUGUUAUUUAUUCCGCAGCCUGCCUGUGCACCAGUCUCUUCAUUUUUGCUGAGUAUAUUUGUGAUCACAUUUAUAGUCCAAACAGCUCUGACUGUAUCAAAGCGUGGUCUGCACUGAAGGUUUCUUAUUAUCUGCAUGGCUGAUGAUAAUGUCCUUUUAUCGCAUGGAAAAUUUACUUUAUCUGGUCUGGAACUUGUACCUUGCACUCUCCGACUAGGUCGCUGUUACUUCCGUUUGCCGAAUUUGCGUUGAUCCGUAAGGGGGAAAUGAGAGCCCAAUUUCUGGGUUAUGCCUUUUGUCGUAUCAGUUUCUUCCGCAAUGAAGGAACCUUAGAAGCCCUCUUUCCCAGAGGAGAAAUUGUAUCACGACUGUUGAUGCCCGUGCAAUUCAAAGCUUUUAAGAAACCUUCUAUGUUAUACUUCCAAGAAUUUUAUCUUUGUUAAUGUCAACAACUGCGGUCUGUUUAAAGUGAACAAGUAGGGUCAAGUCCUUCGAAAUAUCUUCCAAGUUUCUUUCUCACUUUCUCAACACUUUAAACUUGAAUUGUGUUAUGGUUGAAAGAACUGCCAUCUGGACGCUCGUCAACAAACACCGGAAUACUGUUCCAACUGACCUCUCGUUUUCGUCACCAGUAUUUAAAUUUCAACAAGUCCGCCUAUUAGUACCAAUUGCCUCUUCUGCAGGCCCUGCCUUGACGUGCGCAUCACGUUGAGUGACUUUUGAGCCGUGUAGAUCGUGUCUGUUUUGAACUGUUCCCUUGGUUUCGCCGCCUCAGCAAAAUUUGUGAGAAGACUGCUGAACGCAACUUCUUCUGUUGUCCUUUUAGUUCUCUUUCCGGACGAAGCCACAAAGAGCCUCUGCUGCUGGGAUUCGCGAAAUGCUGACAGGCAGCGUUUAUUGUCACUAAGUGAGUUCUCUCCUGAUUUUUUCUGUGAGUUCCAACCAGUUUCCCUUUCAUGGUACUGACAUCUCUAUUGCCAACUUAAAGGUAAAGUAAGGGUCAGUUUCUCCGACGUUCUAGUGGUCCGUUUGUGACUUUUCAACUGGUGUCCAUGAAGUUCCUAAAUGUUUUGGUGGGUAUCGGCUGGAACACUGUGGAGCCUAGACCACAUUUUACAGAAUAUCUUUCUGAAUACGUGUUGGUAAACCACCAGUGCAACUAGAUCUAUGCAGCAGCCACGACCACUUUCUGCAAAUUGCACCUCAUCCGCUGCUUUUCCGUAGUGGCAGGAAUGAACUAUAUGCUAUAUCCCCUAUAUUGCCUGCCACUCAUCAUUAUUUUGUCUCUUUAGACCACAAUGGACCGAUACGAUGUUUUGUUCACUCUCCCACCACUGCUGCCUUUUUAUCCUGUAGUGAUGACAAUCGGGCCAGAUUCUGGUACAAGCGGCCCAUCUCUGACUAA